AGUGUAGUUCUUAAAAUAAUGUAAACAUUGAUGUUAAAAUGUUGAAUAUCUUCAAAACUUCGUCGCGCUUCUUCCGAGUUUUAAAUUAUUGUCACCAAAGAAACCUAAGUGUCGACUUGAACCAGAAAUCUUAUAUAAAAGAAGGUGGCAGGAAUAUAGUUGACUUCUAUUUAAAUCUUUUAGAUUUAAAUACGAGAAAAGCAGUUGAACUGGUACAAAAACAUCCAGAAUUGUGGAGGGAAAAUGUGGAUUUUUAUGAGAUAAACAACACUGUUCAAUAUCUCAAAGCAAACAAAAUGACUAACGACGAUAUAUUAAAUUAUCCUUCAUGUAUGCUCUUAAGUCGAAUGACGCUCAUGAAUAGAAAACAGGUUCUUCAUGAAUGUGGAUUUCAGAAACUUCAAAUAUAUCUUUUUCAUAGAUUUUUAGUUAUAAUGAAAAAGGAAAUAAAUCGUCUUAAAGCUUUCAAUUAUAUUCCACAAAAGAAAAAUGUGGUUGAGGAUAUGCUGAAGCAUCUUGAUGUUCCAAUAACAUUUAAAGAGAAAGUGAAUGAAGAAAUGUCACUUCAGGAAAUACGGAAGAAGAUAAUCAAUUUGUAUCUUGCAAGAAAACUUCAAAUGACGGAAGAAGAUAUCACAAAAACCUUUCAUAUUUAUCAACGAUUGAAACACAGAAGCUUAGAUUCGAUUGUGCGAAUUAUUGAUGUAAUGGAGAAUAAACUGGGAUACCAAAGAGAAAAAAUAAUAAGCAAUGCUUUUCUACUUCAUGCAUGUCCAGAUAAUCUGAUUCGAAUGCUUACUGAAGUUCCGUAUAUUGGCAACACCCCAAUAGAAAAGAUUCUCAUACAAAGGCCGAAGAUUGUAAUGACUAGUGUAGAUACAAUUAAAAAAAUCCUUGAACAUUUAAAAUCUUUUGAAAUCUGUGAAUCAGCACUUUUGAAAUGCACAGGAAUAUUGACACUUGGAGCUGAUACGGUUUACAAUCGUUUAGUUCAAUUGAGAAACAUUGAAGAGUUUAAUGUGCUGCGAAGACAUCCUCGAAUACUUUUCUUAAUUUAUUUCCAAAACAAAGCAAAAAAUAGGCUUGACUAUCUUAAGCAAAUCAAAGUUGGAUGUGCCUCAAUCCAUUUACUCUCAAGCACCUCAGAAACAUUUGAGAAAUAUGCAAGAAGUGGAACUGACAAAACAAAAGGGCAUGACAUUUUGUUUUACAUAGCAAAAGUUUUAAACAAAGACAGAGAUGUGGUCAGAAGUCAGUUGAGCAGACAUCCUUAUUGGCUUCAUGUGCCUCUCUUAAAUGUCAAAACUGCAUUUGAAUAUCUUCGCUACAAAAAAUUUAAGUCUGAAGAUAUUUCAUUAAAUAUAGUUCUUCUUCUUUAUCCCGUUGAGAGAAUAGAACAGAAAUUAAAAAACAUUUUGGAAUUACAAGUAGAAAAGUGUGAAGAAAAUAUGAUUCUUGGACCACCUGCAUUAAGACUAUCAAAAAUUCAAUUGUUGAGUCUCUGUCUUUACUCGAUUGAAUUUGAUUUUCAUUUUAGUGGCGAUGGAAUUUGGGAAGUGAAUAAACAUGAUCAAAAACAAGAUAUUUAUAACGCACCACUUCCAAUUAUACAAAAACAGAAUUUUCGUAAAUAUAAAGUUAGCCAUUUAAAGCGUAAUCAAGAGGAUCUGGCAGUUGAAAAGAACAUCGUAUAA